CAUCAGCAUCGCAGCAUCAAGAUGGAUUCUUCGACCACAAAAUCAUUGUCACCAGACUCGAAUGAACCCCUAUUCCUGGGCAUCGACGUCUCGACACAAAGCACCAAGGCCUCGCUCCUGUCAUCCAGCCUCGAGCUCCUCUCCGAGCUCGCAAUCAACUUCGACCGGGACCUUCCCCACUACAAGACCAGCGGCGGGGUCCUGACCGGCUCGGCCGGGUCAGGCGAGAUCCAUAGCCCUGCUUUGAUGGCGGUUGAGUCGCUCGACCUCCUGGCAGAGAAGAUCUUGGCCGCCGGCUGGCCAACACAGAGAGUCAAGGCAGUCAGCGCUGCUGGGCAACAGCACGCCAGCGUGUACUGGUCGCGAAGAGCUCCCGAAAUGCUGCGCUCUGUAAACGGCAGCAAAAGGCUUGUGGAUCAGCUUGGUUCACAGGCCUUCUCUCGUGCCGUGAUCCCAAAUUGGCAGGACUCCUCUACGACAGCAGAGUGCAAAGCCUUUGAAGCGCAUCUUGGGGGACCGACCGCCCUGGCGAAGAUUACAGGGUCAAAGGCAUACGAGCGCUUUACUGGCCCGCAGAUCAUGAGAUGGAGGCGGGAGGAGCCGGAAGCGUAUGAGCAGACAGAACGCAUUGGGCUGGUGAGCUCGAUGGUCACUACGCUGCUGUGUGCAGGAGGAGAUGGGCAGGACGGAGAGGAGAUCAAGGGGAUAGACGAGAGUGAUGCCUGCGGCAUGAAUCUUUGGGACCUCUCCACGCCGAAGAGAGGUUGGAGUCGCCCGCUUCUCGAGCUUGUCGCCGGCGACGAUGCAGCUGCGGCGGACGAGCUCGCUCGCAAGCUAGGCGCGGUCGAAUCGGAUGGCGGCCGAAUCGUAGGGCGUAUUGGCCGCUGGUGGCAGGAGAAGCUCAACUUCUCGCCAGACUGUCUUGUCUGCCCCGCUACAGGCGACAAUCCGGCCACCUUGCUGUCCCUCGCCCUCGCACCACGAGAGGCAAUGGUAUCGCUGGGCACUUCAGACACUCUGCUCAUCCCCGCGCCGUCCUUCGAGCCUUCUGAAGCUUUCCAUGUGUUUUACCAUCCAGCUAGGGUGGCAGGAAGGAAUGCUAGCGAGAGCGGAGAGGGCGAGCAGGGGGAGGUGGUCGAGACGUCCAGCCGAUACUUCAACAUGCUGGUGUACAAGAACGGUAGCUUGGCUCGCGAAGCAGUCAGGGACAAGUACUGCGCUUCGUCCUGGCAGGAGUUUGAUAGGGCUGUGAGGUCGGCUUGGCCUGCGAGGGGUAGCGCACCGCAGCAUAUGGGCUUCUACUGGUUCAAGGAGGAGAUUAUUCCACCUAAUGCCAAGGGUGUGCACCUCUACACAUCAAGCAAGGACAGUCAGUGGAGUAGUGCGGAAGAAUUCGAGGCACCCGGAGCGACGCAUCCCCACUCGAUAAUCAGCUCGCAGCUACUCUCUUUCAAGAGUCGCGUCGGUGCCAUUCUCCACGAGAACGCCGGCGGUGACAACGAAGGUGGGCUGGUCCGCAUCCACGCAACAGGUGGGGCCUCCUCCAACCAGACCCUCCUGGAAACGAUGGCCGACGUGCUAGCCUGCCCCGUCGUCCGUCCGCAGCAGCAGGGCAACGCAUGCAGCGUCGGUGCGGCGCUGAAGGCUAGGUGGGCGUGGGAAAGAGCAACGAAGCCUGGCAGGGAGAGGGUGGCCUUUGAUGUGUGUGUGGAAGAGGCGCGCAAGGAGGGCGAAGCAGCAGAGCAAGGAGGGCAGAAGGUGAAAUUGGCUGCUGAGCCUGAUGAGGCGAGGACCGACUGCUGGAGGCGCUUCCUGCCUACGUGGGAGGAGCUGGAGAGGAGGGCGCUGCGAGGGGAGUGAUCGCGAGGCGCGGCGAGAGCAGUCUUUCUCUAUUGAUUGUUUGCUGUAUCCUGAGGCUUGUAGAGUACACAAGUUGCCAUGGCGUUACCGCAGUGCCCACAUCUUCACCGCAUAGAGCUCCUGCGGGAAUCCCAUCUGCGUCUCAGCCCUAAUGGUCGUCAGUCCUGCCUCCCUAAACACUCUUUCAUACGCCUGAGUGGAUCGAGUGAUACUCUUGUCCUCUUCAUCCCACCAAACCCUCUCGCUGCCAUCUUCCAUCUCAGGGCAUACAUUCUCUUUC